AACUUUCAGUAGGAAUUUGAUUUCAGUCGAGUCGUAGUGAGCGUUAAGGAAACGCGGUCGCUCCUUUUGGUACUGUUUUCGUAACGCGUUUGGUUUGACACGUGCGGCGAUCAGGUCGGCCGUGAUGAUGCUCGGAUCGACCUUCCCGAUGCAUGGAUAGUGCGAUUUACGGGCGUUUUUCGUGCAGUUUAUUGGCUACACGGCCAAUAUCAACCGCGACCAGGGUGAUUCUGUGCGGUAUCUUUGAUCCGCGAGAACAUGCGGACGUAUUAACGGACAAAACGGAGUGAAUGUUAGGCCCUGUCCGUCCGAUAUUAAGGGGAUGAGCGAGUACGAGCGGAUAAGGAGGGCGUGCCUGAAACGGGGCGAGCUUUGGGAAGACCCCGACUUUCCCGCGACUCAAGCUUCCGUCUUCUACCACCAGACGCCGCCGUUUCAGUUCACUUGGAAGAGGCCCAAGGAUUUGUGCCCAAAGCCGGGGUUCAUCGAAGAUGGCUUGUCCCAAUUCGACAUCAGCCAGGGAAAAAUGGGCGACAGAUGGUUGGUAUCGUGCCUGGGAAUACUCUACCUCAAUAAAGGACUGUACUACAGGGUGGUACCUGCCGACCAAUCGUUCAGCGGCGAUCAGUACUCGGGGGUGUUCCGUUUCCGACUGUGGUGGUGCGGCGAGUGGACGGAAGUGUUGGUGGACGACAGAUUGCCCACGGUCCAUGGCAGGUUGGCAUUCCUGCAGUCCCAGAAUUCGGAUCACUUCUGGCCGGGCCUCUUGGAGAAGGCGUACGCGAAGUUACACGGUUCAUAUGAAGCCCUCAAAUACGGUUCCCUUCUCGACGGUUUGGCUGACUUGACCGGCGGCAUAACCGAGAGCAUACAGAUCAGGCAAGACGCGACGUCAUGUGCCAGAUUGCUGCACAAACUGCUUGACAUGACCUCGAUCAUAACGUGUGCCGUGCAGCCGCCGAACCAAGUCAGAUCUCACACCGAAAAGUUGGUCAACGGCAUACAGACCGGAGUCAAUUACAGGAUCUACUCUAUAGAACGCGCGGAGACAUUCAAUAAUGUUUCCGUGCAGCUCAUAAAGCUGAGAAACCCGCUGGGCUUGGCAACGGAUUACGUGGGUCCGUGGGCGUUGGACUCGCCCGAUUGGGCGGAGCUCCCGCCCCAAGAACUCGAACGGAUCCAGUCGAAAACGUCCGACGAAGAGUUCUGGAUACCCUACUCCGAAUUCGUCAAGACCUUCACCCACUUAGAGAUCGUGCACCUGGACAGUGAUACUAGCCGGGACGAACCUAGUCUACACAACAAAAACACCUGGCAGAUGCGCCUGUACCAAGGCAAUUGGCAGAAGGGGGUGACUGCAGGCGGGUGUCGGAACAACCCCGAUACGUUCCACAUCAAUCCUCAGCUGCACCUGCUGCUGAGCGAGAUGGAAGAAGUCGUGGUGUCGCUCAACCAGCACAGCAUUAUGGAGCCGAAGGUUAUAGGUUUUACCGCCUAUUCGCUACCCAAGAGCACGACCGACACCAUAGGCAAAGGAUUUUUUAAGAAGAACAAGUCCCUUUUCAAUUCACAGUACACCAACAGUCGCCAAGUCAGCCACAGGUGUCAGUUGGAGCAAGGGGGGUACCUUAUUAUACCUACAACAUUCGAGCCGGGGCAAGAGUCGGGGUUCACUCUGAGGGUGUACUCCAGCAAACCUCUGAAGCUCAAACUGGUAGACACGGUUCCCUGUUUGGUGAAGUCAGCGAUAGUGAAGGCACCCCCGCUGCUGGACGGCAAAAGUUUUAGUCAAUAUGAAGCGGUUUUUCUUCAACUGGCCGACGAACAUCGGACCGUCAACGCGUUCGAACUCCAGGAGUUAUUGGACGCGUGUUUACCAAACGACUACAUCAAAAGCUGCGCCUCCAUCGAAGUCUGCAGACAGAUAGUCUUCACAUUCGAGAACUCUAGCUCGGGACGGCUGAAGUUCGCCGACUUCAAAGACCUGAUGUGCAGCCUCAAGUUUUGGCAAAUGGCGUUCAAGAACCAUACGAAAGAGAGGACCGGCAUCCUCAAAGCGGAAAGGUUGAGGGACGCUCUAUUGGAGGUGGGCUUUCAGCUCAGCAGCGACGUGCUCAUUACGCUUAUCCUGAGGUACAUGCGGAAAGAUGGCACGCUGCGGUUCGGCGAUUUUGUGUCGUCCAUCUUGCAUUUGACCGUCGCGUUUAACAUUUUCGAAAUCAAAGAUCCUCUGCAAAACGGCAGCAUCAAACUAAACUUAUCAGAGUGGCUCAAGUCAGCUUUGACGUGCUAAGGGAUCGCGUGCAAUCACCCUGUAAAUACCGUUGUGCAUACCUAUAGGCUAAUUUUUCACUUUUGUAACAUAAAAAGUUGUACCUAAUCUCGACAUCCGAUGUUUAUAAUAAAAGGCGUUUA